GUUUAAAUACAAAAUCGAUCAUUGUCUUUAAGACAGUCAGGAUAUAUGCUACAAUUUUUAUAUUUUUAUUCUUGUAAUCGUGAUAUAAUUAUAGCAAACACAUUUAACAUAAAAUUCGACAUUCCGAUUAUUCUCUCAUGUGCAUUAAACAAAUAAUUCUCAAUAUAAAACAUUAAAUUUUGUGUGGAUAAAGCAAUAAAAUUUCUUAAGUUCAUUACGAUAAAUAUAAAAAAAGUGUUGAACAGUGAAAGUUAAACAAAAGGAAACAAAAGAAAAGAAACAUUUAACAAGUUAUUAAAUAACGUGAUACACAAAAAUCAAAAACUUUUAAUUUUCAAUUAAAUAUUGUGUUAAAUGGAUAUACGAGCCAAUGGCGUACUUUACAGAGACUGGAUGUUCCGCAAAUAUGAUCCAAAAUCGAUGAAUUUUAUAAAAUGGCUACAUGCUUUUGAAUAUAUAUUCGAAGUCUCUAACGCAGAAGAUGAUGAAAAGGUGUUGGACAGUAAAGCCUCGCGUUUUCCAGAUGAAGAGAUAGUGAAUUUUUAUUAUGCAUUUCGAUAUCAAUUACCAUAUGAAUCUAUAGAACACUAUGUCCUUGGAUUAAGAAAAUUAUACAGUAAAUGCACACCUUUCUUUAAAAAUAUUUUUGAUAUAAAACAUCAAUUCAUAGAUGGAUUAUCAAACGAAGAAACAAAAUGUUUAUUAAACAAAAAAAAAAACAUAACAUUAUCUAUGGCAGUAUGUAUAGCAAAGCAAAUGGAUCUUGCUAAAAAUAAAAAAUCAGGAGAAUCAUCUUCCAAUAAAACAAUUUCAUACAAAUAUUAACUCGAAAAGAAAAAAAAAA